UGAUCUCCUGUUCUUUUUUUUUUUCUAUUUGUAAUAUAUAUUUUUUCAGCCAUCAGGUACUGUUUGAACAGUGUGGACAUUGUACAGAUACAUACUGAAAUGGAAGGAGGAUGCUGGCCCUACAAGUACAUUGCUUUAGUGUCUGUCUUUUCAUGCUGCUUAGGAUUCGUGGCUGCUGUAGAAAGGCGAUAUGUGAAUGAAUGGGCUGCAGAGAUCCCUGGAGGUCCAGAGGAAGCACUGGCAUUAGCCGAUGAACUGGGCUAUGACUACGGUGGGCAGAUUGGAUCGCUUCCAAACCAUUUUUUAUUUAAACAUAGGGAUCAUCCCAGGAGAUCACGGAGAAGUGCCCCACGCAUUACAAAGCGGUUGUAUGAUGAUAACCGGGUCUCGUGGGCAGAACAGCAGUAUCUCAAGCAAAGGACUAAACGAGGCUAUGUGAUGAAUACAGACUCAGAAGACCUUUUUAAUGAUCCUUUGUGGAAAAAUCAGUGGUAUUUGAGAGACACAAGAGUCAACCCAAAGUUGCCAAAGCUGGAUUUACAUGUCAUACCAGUCUGGAGAAAGGGAAUAACUGGGAAAGGCAGUGUUGUAACCGUUCUUGAUGAUGGGCUGGAAUGGAACCAUACAGAUAUCUAUGCAAACUAUGAUCCAGAAGCAAGUUAUGACUUUAAUGAUAAUGACAAAGACCCGUUCCCAAGAUAUGACAUUACAAAUGAGAACAAGAAGUCAACAAGACAAUAUUUUCGGCGACAUGGAACGAGAUGUGCAGGAGAAGUUGCAAUGGUUGCAAACAACCACAAAUGUGGAGUUGGUGUUGCUUAUAAUGCCAAAGUAGGAGGGAUUCGGAUGUUAGAUGGAGUUGUUACAGAUGCCAUUGAAGCCAGCUCUAUUGGAUUUAAUCCUCAGCAUGUAGAUAUUUACAGUGCCAGCUGGGGACCAAAUGAUGAUGGAAAAACAGUAGAAGGCCCUGGAAGAUUAGCAGAAAAGGCCUUUGAGUAUGGCAUCAAACAGGGGCGAAAUGGAAAAGGCUCAAUCUUCGUUUGGGCUUCUGGUAAUGGUGGCAGACAGGGAGAUAACUGUGACUGCGAUGGAUACACAGACAGUAUUUACACCAUCUCAAUCAGCAGUGCGUCACAGCAAGGACUAUCUCCCUGGUAUGCAGAAAAAUGUUCCUCCACAUUAGCCACAGCAUACAGCAGUGGAGACUACACUGACCAGAGGAUUGUAAGCGCUGAUCUACAUAAUGACUGCACAGAAACACAUACUGGCACCUCUGCUUCCGCUCCAUUGGCUGCUGGGAUCUUCGCUCUUGCUCUCGAACAAAAUCCUAACCUCACAUGGAGGGAUAUGCAACACCUAGUUGUCUGGACAAGCGAGUAUGAUCCUCUAGCAAAUAAUCCCGGCUGGAAGAAGAAUGGAGCAGGUCUUAUGGUCAACAGUCGCUUUGGGUUUGGACUACUGAAUGCUAAGGCCCUUGUGGAUUUAGCUGAUCCUAAAAUAUGGAAAACUGCACCCGAGAAAAAAAUCUGCAUUAUUAAAGACAGUGACUUUACCCCCAGACUUUUUAGAUCUGUGGAUGAAAUUACAAUUGAGAUCCCCACAAAGGCAUGUGAAGGCCAAGAUAAUUAUAUCAAGUCUCUGGAGCAUUUACAACUGGAAGCCACUAUCGAGUAUACACGUCGAGGAGAUCUUCAUAUUACACUAAUUUCCCCGUCAGGAACCAAGACAGUCCUUCUGACUGAAAGAGAAAGAGACACAUCGACCAAUGGUUUCAAAAACUGGGCGUUUAUGUCUGUCCAUAGCUGGGGAGAAGAUCCAGCUGGAACCUGGACUGUCAAAAUCACUGAUGUGUCUAAAAGAUUGGAAAAUGAAGGAAGAAUAGUUAACUGGAAACUUGUUCUGCAUGGAACAUCUACCCGCCCAGACCACAUGACAAAUCCCAGAGUGUAUACUUCUUACAAUGUGGUUCAGAAUGACCGAAGAGGUGUAGAGAAGUUAACAAACGUUGACAAGGACUCUUCCAAUGAACAAAUAGUUACAGAGAAACCUACAGAAAAUGAAGAACCAGAAGAUCCCGUGAAAGCAAAAGCCAUGUUGCAUCUUCUGAAGAAUGCUUUUGACAGAGAAGGUGCUCCAUUUGCAGAGGAACAGGCUCAAAUUCCUAAGACCCAUUAUUAUCAUGCUCUGCAAAAACUGUACAAGCAGUCAGGUACAAAGGACAGAGGGAACAAUCUAUACAAUGACUAUAUUGACCGAUUCUAUAAUAGAAGACCCUAUAAGCAUAGAGAUGAUCGAUUAUUACAAGCUCUCCUGAAUAUUGUAGACAAGGAUUCGUAGGAUUAAAUUUAUCUUACAGUUGGAAACAUGCCUCCAUCCAAUACAUUUUGAUCUCCAUUACCCCAGAUUUCCAUACAAUUCUGUUAAAAUGACAAAAAAAUUUUUUUGGAAUACGCUAAAUGUUAGAAAAUGCUCCAGCUGGAAAAAGAAGUGUCCGUGAAUUUAUAUAUAUAGUCAAUGAAAUUAGCAGCAUAUCAUAAUUGUGUGUAAAGUGACUAUUGGGAGCCAGUGCUGUAAUUAAGUGCCAUAAAAGCCAAAGGGAAAUGUUUAUAGACACGGUGCACUGUCUGCUUUGGAAAAUCAGGGCAGUUAAGAUGUGUACAAUCAGUAAUGCCUUGUACACACGAUUGAAAUUUCCGAUGAAAAAAGUCUGACGGAAUUUUUUCAUCGGAUAUUCCGACCGU